AUGAGGGUCUUCCUCCUGCUGUGCCUGCUGGUGGUGGGCAACGCCAAACCCUACCAUCCAAUCAACAUCAUGGAGUUCAUGAAAAACUAUGACAUCAUGAUGGCUGAUUCCAGUGACGACGACCACGACGACGACGACGAUGAUGAUGAUGGCCAUAGUGACGAAGACGAUAAUGACGAUUUAGAUGAUGAUGACGAGAACUGUCCUGCUAGUUGCCAUUGUUCACCCAGAGUGAUGCAGUGCUCGGACCAGGGUCUGAUCUCCAUUCCUGAGAAGAUCCCUGAAGACACUGUGAUGAUCGACCUUCAAAACAAUGAUAUCACUGAGAUCAAGGAGGACGAUUUUAAAGGCCUCAACAAACUCUAUGGCCUGUUCCUCAUCAACAACAAGAUCUCCAAGAUUCACCCCAAGGCCUUCAGGAACAUGGACCAUCUCCGACUGCUGUAUCUGUCCUACAACCUGCUGACGGAGAUCCCUGCCAACCUGCCUCCCAACGUCAUCGAGCUUCGCUUCCACGAAAACAAGAUCAACCGAGUCCAGAAGGACGCGUUCAAAGGCCUGAGGAAACUCCACGUGCUGGAGCUGGGUGCCAACCCACUGGCCAACAGUGGGAUGGAGCUGGGAGCUUUCAACGGCUUGUCCACUCUGUACCUCGGCGUCGCAGAGGCCAAACUAACGGCCGUACCCAAAGACUUCCCGACGUCCAUCACAGAGAUGAGCCUGGACUACAACAAGAUCACUAAGGUGGAGGUAGAAGACUUCAUCAGAUAUAAAAACCUGCAGAGGGUAGGACUUGCUUUUAACCAGAUUAAGUCUGUGGAGAACGGCAGCUUUGUCAGCAUCCCAAACGUCCGUGAGAUGCACCUGGACAACAACCGUCUGAAGAAGGUCCCCCCCGGCCUCAGCUCCCUGCGCUACCUCCAGGUGAUUUUCCUCCAUGGCAACAAAAUCAACAGUGUGGGAGUCAACGACUUCUGUCCCGUCACGUCCGGUGUGAAGAAGAACCUGUACACGGGCAUCAGCCUGUUUGCCAACCCGGUGAAGUACUGGGACAUCCAGCCGGCGACCUUCCGCUGCGUGACCGGGCGGAGGGGCGUGCAGCUCGGGAACUUCAGAAAGAAGUAG